CUCGCCAACGUCACGAGUAUCCUCACAGCCGGUGCCGAUCCCAACGCCUACGACGAGAACCAGAUGACGGCUCUGCACUGGGCAGUGAUCAAGGGGCAGAACGAGACCGUCAAGACGCUCCUCGCUCGCGGCGCCUACACCGACGCCCUCGACGCCUCCUACCGCACGCCCGCUCACUUCCUAGGGAUCUACGGACCGUACCCCUCCAUCCUCAGCUCCCUCUACUUCGCGGGGGCCAACCUCAACGCGGGGGACCAGGCGCACAACACGGCCCUGCACUACGCGGCGAUGGAGGGGCAGACAGAAACAGCAAGAAACCUGGUGGCCUACGGGGCU